CGGGUAAGGGGAGCCCGGAAGAACGCUGGUCGACGUGAGGGCGACAAGUGGCGCGGUCCUGGGAGCUUGACGGCCGGGGCCUGCGAGACGGGAGCCCCCAGAGGCGUCAGGUCUCUCUGCGUCCUGUGCUGUCACCGCAGCCCCGGAACGCGGAACCGUCUGCCGGGAGGCGCGGCUGGCCGGGCCCAGGCCCCGGCCUCCGUAAUGCGAGCCCCGAGUCUCUCUCUGUGCCGCAGCUUCGCAGGUGAGGGUGACUGUUGACUAGUGAAAAAAGGGACCCAAGGUCCACGACUAUCUUCCUACUGGCAGUGGAAGGACCCGUGGAAACCUGCAACCCAUUCUCAUUAACUAAAUUUCUGGAUUCCUAUAGGCAAUGGAAACUGAUCUCAAUUCUCAAGACAGAAAGGACCUGGACAAGUUUAUUAAAUUUUUUGCCCUCAAGACUGUCCAAGUGAUUGUCCAGGCUCGACUUGGUGAAAAGAUUUGCACUCGUUCAUCUUCAUCCCCAACGGGUUCAGAUUGGUUCAAUUUAGCAAUCAAAGACAUCCCCGAGGUUACACAUGAAGCAAAGAAGGCCCUGGCAGGGCAGCUGCCUGCCGUUGGGAGGUCCAUGUGUGUGGAGAUCUCACUCAAGACUUCGGAGGGAGAUUCCAUGGAGCUGGAAAUUUGGUGUCUUGAAAUGAAUGAAAAGUGUGAUAAAGAAAUCAAAGUUUCCUACACGGUGUACAACAGACUGUCAUUGCUGCUGAAGUCUCUUCUGGCUAUAACUAGGGUGACCCCAGCCUACAGACUCUCCAGAAAACAAGGGCAUGAAUAUGUCAUACUGUACAGAAUAUAUUUUGGGGAAGUUCAGCUGAAUGGCUUAGGAGAAGGCUUCCAGACAGUUCGUGUUGGGACCGUGGGCACCCCUGUGGGCACCAUCACUCUUUCGUGUGCUUACAGAAUUAACUUGGCAUUCAUGUCCACCAGGCAAUUUGAGAGGACCCCACCUAUCAUGGGGAUUAUCAUUGAUCACUUUGUGGACCGUCCCUAUCCCAGCUCCUCUCCCAUGCACCCCUGCAAUUACAGAACUGCUGGCGAAGACACUGGAGGAACGUACCCAUCUGUGGAAGACUCUCAGGAAGUGUGCACCACUUCUUUUUCCACGUCCCCUCCAUCCCAGUGUGUGUUUACUGUCACAAAGGCACAUUUUCAGACCCCUACUCCUGUGGUGACGGACACCCUGAGGGUCCCCAUGGCAGGACUGGCCUUUUCCCAUCAACUCUCAAGCUCUCGCCUUCCCUAUCAGCCUGCUGUCCUGGGCGUUGGAUCAGCUGACCUGGCUUAUCCAGUAGUGUUCGCUGCUGGCUUAAAUGCCACACACCCUCACCAGCUAAUGGUUCCUGGAAAGGAAGGCGGGGUACCCCUUGCUCCCCACCAACCUGCCCACGGUGCCCAGGCUGACCAGGAGAAGUUGGCCACCCACACCCCUUCUGACGUGGCCCACUGUGCUGCCACCCCUUCUAGCAGCGAGGACACCGAAACCGUGUCAAACAGCAGUGAGGGACGGGCCUCCCCCCAUGAUGUCUUGGAGACCAUCUUUGUCCGAAAAGUGGGGGCUUUUGUCAACAAACCUAUCAACCAGGUGACUCUGACAAGUUUGGACAUCCCCUUUGCCAUGUUUGCUCCCAAGAAUUUGGAGCUGGAGGACACCGAUCCCAUGGUUAAUCCUCCAGAUUCCCCAGAGACCGAAUCCCCUCUCCAAGGCAGCCUGCACUCUGAUGGCUCCAGCGGGGGCAGCAGUGGAAAUACUCAUGACGACUUCGUUAUGGUCGAUUUCAAACCGGCUUUUUCUAAAGAUGACAUUCUUCCAAUGGACUUGGGGACCUUCUAUCGUGAAUUUCAGAACCCCCCUCAGCUGAGCAGUCUCUCCAUAGACAUUGGAGCCCAGUCCAUGGCUGAAGACUUGGACUCGUUACCGGAGAAGCUGGCAGUGCAUGAGAAGAAUGUUCGAGAAUUUGAUGCCUUUGUAGAAACCCUGCAGUAAAAAUGUCCUUGAGUACCAGCA